AUGCACACGCUAAACAACACCACCGGUUCACAAGAUCCGAUCGACCCGAAUCCGAAUCUCGACCCGGACCAAUUUCCCCAACGAAAUCACAAUCACCCACAGUCUCGACGGCCGCGCGGGUUCGCCGCCACAGCUGCGGCGUCGCUAGCACCAGCUGAAAGCGAUGUAAACAACGGUAACAUCGCCGGGAUCGGCGGUGGAGAGACAACCAGCGGAGGAGGAGGAGGGAAAGGGAAGAGAGAGAGGGAGAAGGAAAAGGAGAGAACGAAGCUGAGAGAGAGACACAGACGAGCAAUCACUAGUAGAAUGCUCGCCGGAUUGAGACAGUACGGUAAUUUCCCGUUACCGGCGCGUGCGGAUAUGAACGAUGUAAUCGCUGCUUUAGCGCGUGAAGCAGGCUGGAGUGUCGACGCCGACGGAACUACUUACCGGCAGUCACACCAACCAAACCAUGUGGUUCAGUUUCCGACGAGAUCUAUCGAGAGUCCUCUUUCUUCUAGUACUUUGAAGAACUGUGCUAAGGCUGCACUUGAUUGUCAGCAGCAGCAUCCAGUUCUUAGAAUCGAUGAGAACCUCUCUCCAGUGUCUCUUGACUCUGUUGUUAUCGCCGAGAGUGAUCAUCCCGGGAAUGGAAGGUAUACGGGCGCUAGUCCUAUCACCUCGGUCGGAUGCAAUCAGCUUCUACAAGAUGUUCAUUCCACAGAGCCUCGUAAUGACUUCAUGGAGAGCUUUUAUGUUCCUGUGUACACCAUGCUUCCAGUUGGCAUUAUAGACAGUUUCGGCCAGUUGGUUGAUCCUGAAGGUGUAAGACAAGAAUUGAGUUACAUGAAGUCACUAAAUGUCGAUGGAGUGGUGAUAGAUUGUUGGUGGGGAAUAGUUGAAGGAUGGAACCCUCAGAAGUAUGUGUGGUCUGGCUAUAGAGAGCUCUUUAACCUUAUCAGAGACUUCAAACUUAAACUACAGGUGGUGAUGGCAUUUCAUGAAUAUGGAGGGAAUGCAUCUGGAAACGUUAUGAUCUCGUUACCACAGUGGGUUUUGGAGAUUGGAAAAGACAAUCCAGACAUAUUUUUCACUGAUCGGGAAGGAAGAAGGAGUUUCGAGUGUUUGAAUUGGAGCAUUGACAAGGAACGGGUGUUGCAUGGACGUACUGGUAUAGAGGUCUAUUUUGAUUUUAUGAGAAGCUUCCGGUCAGAGUUUGAUGAUUUGUUUGCGGAGGGGAUAAUUGCUGCAAUUGAGAUUGGUCUUGGAGCUUCUGGUGAACUAAAGUAUCCAUCUUUUCAAGAACGGAUGGGUUGGAUUUAUCCCGGUAUUGGUGAGUUUCAGUGUUAUGACAAGUAUUCGCAAACAAGUCUGCUAAAGGAAGCUAAAUCACGAGGAUUCGCUUUCUGGGGCAAAGGACCAGAGACUGCUGGUCAAUACAAUUCUCAACCUCAUGAAACUGUUUUCUUCCAGGAGAGAGGUGAAUAUGACAGCUACUACGGCCGGUUCUUCCUAAACUGGUAUUCUCAGUUGCUUAUAGGACACGCCGAGAACGUUCUCUCUCUUGCGAACCUCGCGUUUGAGGAGACAAAGAUUAUCGUCAAGAUACCGGCGAUUUACUGGUCAUACAAGACAGCUAGUCAUGCUGCUGAGUUAACUGCAGGAUACUAUAACCCUUCGAACCGUGAUGGUUACUCUCUUGUUUUCGAAACUCUGAAGAAAUACUCGGCUACAGUGAAAUUUGUGUGCCCUGGGCCACAAAUGUCUUCUAAUGAGCAUCAAGAAGCAUUAGCUGAUCCAGAAGGUUUGAGUUGGCAGGUGAUCAACGCAGCUUGGGAUAAGGGACUUCUUAUUGGAGGAGAGAAUGCGAUUACUUGUUUCGAUAGAGAAGGUUGUAUGAGGUUAAUUGAAAUGGCUAAGCCAAGAAACCAUCCAGAUAGCAAUCACUUCUCCUUCUUUACGUAUCGACAACCUUCUCCUCUGGUUCAAGGAUCUACUUGCUUUGUAGAUUUGGACUACUUCAUAAAACGCAUGCACGGAGACAUACAGAGAUAA